AAACUCUAUGAGUUAUGCUUCGAUCUAGAACUCUUUCGAGUCUUUAAACGUAAAAUUCUUGAAUUUCUCCAUUCUUCAUUUGUGUGUUGUUCGAGAAAGUUCAAAGGACAUGGAGGUUGUUGAGGUCACCGAAGCUGCUCCGAGGUCGAACAGACUUCGCGGGCUGCGCGAUUCUCUGGUGUGGUUCUUCAGUUUGCCAGCUGUGCAAUAUGCCCAGGUCUCUGUGGUUGUGCUGGGGGAUUUGCUGGCACUUUCGAGUCUCUAUCCCUCGCACUCAAUGUAUAUAGCGCGUCCAUUUCUAAUAUGGAAAUACUAAGGAUCUGUGGAAGGAUGAGAACUAUGCGAAAUAUGAUCGAAGAAACACUAGGGAGACAAAAUCCUAUGCACUUUUAUAUAUUUUUAUAUACGUUCUCUACGUGGGAGCAUUUCGAACUUGUUUAACGAUCUUCACCUUCAGUUCAAUGCCAAUGCCAGAAUGACGUCAUGUUGGUGUGUGUGUGUGUGUGUCUGUGUGUCUGUGUGUGGACUGCAUCAGCAGCACCAGCAGCAGAAGCAGCAGAAGCACGUAUCCAAGUCUGGGUCUGUUCCUGUUUUCAAACGCUUCGCCAAAUUAAAUCGACGCACACAUUUUGCGCUCAUUAAAACUUUCGAAAGUUGCGACGACUUUUUGGGGCCGUCGUCUUUUGUGUCUGGAAAUAAACGUCAAAGGAACCUGUGCAGCAGCAGCAGCAGCGGACUAAGGGGAGUUGUGCAUGCACACACACACUCACGCACGCACACACUACAAAUUGAAAAUUCUCAAAAAGCGGCAGCUUUUUUUUUGUUCGUUGAUGAGGCCAAAAAUGGUGUACAGCCUUGCCUUGUACGCAGUCCUACGGCUUGUUUCGUUUUUUGGGAGCUGUUUUUUUCUCAUUUAAUUUUUGUUGCCGUUGUUGUUGUUGUUAUUCAUUUAUCAGGCUGCCGUUUUUGGUGUGCAUGCGUCAAGGAUGAUUUGUUUUAAUGCAAAGGCAUCGGAGUCAGCAAAAUUUUGUAUUUUAUUUUUGCUUAGCCCCCAACUCUGGAUGCUUCCCUUUUGACUCAUUGUCCGAUUCGCUGUACGCCGUUUAGCACCUACAAAAUACAUUUUGGUCAAACACAAACAUCACAAGUGUGCCGCAGGGUGAUUAACACUGUUCGAAAUAAAAAUGUAGUCUUCACUUGCAAUUGUGAAUACCCACCUAUCUAAAAGACAAAUAUAAACAAAUUGGCAUUGCUGA